AAAAAAACUACACAAAGAAGAACAUCACUUCCUGUUUAAAAAUGGCUGCACCCAUACUAAUGUCACAUUAGACAUUAGAAGUGCUCUUUUCUGUAAUGUUGAAAACGUGUUCGAUCUCUUACGUAUUCUUUGGACCUCUUUUGCAGGGUAUACCUAAACAUGGUCCAUCUAUCAUCCUUCCUACUGAAGACGUACCAUGGAGGACACAUUGUCAUCAGAUUGGCAAUGGCUGGCCACAAACAGUCUAACAGACCUUUCUACCGCAUUGUGGCAGCUUACAACAAGCGAGCACGAGACAGUAAAUACAUAGAACAGCUAGGCUCUUAUGACCCCCUGCCAAACAUCUACAAUGAGAAACUGGUCAGCAUCAACUCUGACAGGAUCAAGUACUGGAUGGGCUGUGGUGCACAUCCAACGAAGCCUGUGGCCAAACUUCUAGGACUGGCUGGGUUCUUCCCCCUGCAUCCCAUGACGGUGACAGAAACAGAGCGUCACAGGGCCCUGGCAGAACUAGCAGAGGAAGCAGCUCCAGAGGAUGGAGUUAAGCAGCAGCAACUAUGAUAGCUGGAGCAUGGGGGACUGUCAAGCAUAGCAUGGUGUGGUUACUGUACACAAAGGACAGCUAGAAAUGACAUUCUCCUCCCAAAAGGUUAACUGUUUCCAAGUGAAAGCCUUUGUUCUAUAUGAACUAUGAAUAUUCUUAAGCAGUGCUUUUCCUACAAAUUUUCUUUUUUUAUUUCACCAUUAUGAUAAGUGCUACAUAUUCACAUCUCAAAAGCAAAGACAUUUGUUACGAUUUUCAGGAAGUAUUUUAUAUUAGCUCAGUCGCUAGGAACAAUUUGUGUAAGUUGGUUUACAAUUUGGCUUAACCCUGUCAGCUGUAGUUGCAGAUAUUCCACUACUGACGUGCUGCCAAGAUGAAACUAAUGUAUUUUGCAUAGAGGCCCCUGUGGGACAGUCAUUUAACCUUUUGAGGUCCCAUUUUAAAUGAAAGAAUAACGUAUGUCGUACAUAAAGUCUUCAUAUAUAAUCUAAGUGUAUGUCAAACUCUAUAAAGGAUGUCAUAACCAGGCACAAUGUAGGGUGAAUUGCCAAAUGUCACAUACCUCAUUGUGUAUGUUUAUGCACCAUUUAUAGAGCAUGACAUACAAAUAUAGAGGAUUUGUGAAGCAUUUAUGUCGUGCAUAUGAAACAUUUAUGUAUGCUAUAUAAGUUGUACUGUAUUUAAAAUGUGACCCUGUUGGAUGGUGGACGCAAUAUUUAAGUCCGUCAAACAUAGGAGAGUAAUGACAUACAGUGCCUUAAAGUAUUCAUACCCCUGGACUUACUCAACAUUUUGUGUUAGUCUGAAUAAAAAAUGGAUUAAAUAGA